AUUUACGCAGGCCCAUUGAUCCCAAGGUCUAUUCAGGAUCAGAGGAUGUCAAGAAGGUUAAUAGAUUCAUGCAAGAUUGUGAAUCAUACCUUGAGGUUCUUGAUGAUGAUCCAGUCCGAGAUGUGUACAAUAUAUCUCGUUUCCUUGAUGGUACAGCCUGUGACUUCUAUGAUGUAGUUGUCAGUGGAAAUUAUGAGAAGUGGACAUUAGGCACCUUCUUCCGAGAGAUGUUUGACUAUUGUUUUCCUAUUGAUUUCCAUGAAAAGAUUUGGAAGGAGAUUGAGAACUGCCGUCAAGGUGGACAGUGAGUGAAGGUGUUCACCCAUGAACUGGAAAACCUGUACAACGUCCUGGGUGAUGAAUCAGACCGUGCCAAGGUUGUUAAACUGUGGAAGGGCCUUAACCUUGACAUCACUGAUAUCCUGUCUUGGAAGAGUUUCUCCCAGGAAGUUCACUCUUGGGCUGUCAUC